AUGAAGUACGGGCUCGCUCUAGCGAGCCUCCUGCCAUUCGUUGCCACCACAUUCGCUCAAACCAGUGCAUGGUGUGACCCGCAAAACUCUCUAUGCUUCCAAGCCCUGCAGAAGAAGAAUUUGCUCGACCCCGGAGAUACGUCAAAGACCUAUGACCUUACCAUAGGUGUUGCGUUUCCAACAUCGACCACAUCUGACGAGUUCAUCGGCGAAAUUGUCGCCACGAAGAAUGUUGCCUGGGCUGGCUACGACUUCGGAGGCGCAAUGGCCGAUAACCUUAUGCUUAUUGUAUGGCCCAACGGCAACGAUUUUGUCUGGAGCACUCGUAUUGCUGCAGGCUAUGUAUUGCCGGUCCCAUACUCCGGUCCCGUCGUUACUCAAUUGAGCUCUUCAAUGAUGAACUCUACCCACUGGAAGUUCGUCUAUCGAUGUCAGAACUGCACGAGCUGGACCGAUCCUGAUGGUGUAGCGCACUCGAUCAGUACCACCACUCAAGUUCAGGGAUACGGUGUCUGCCUGACUUCCACUUCCAACUGUGUCGCCACCCCUUCAAGUGCCUCAUCUAGCAUUCGACAACACACAGACUUUAACAUGUGGGGAAUGGAUAUCUCGAGCGCCCGGACGAGCCAGUACAAUCAAUAUCUCACUGGCACCGGUGGGUCAACUACUACCGGCCCCGUCUCAACGAGCACUUCUACGCGCACAAGCAGCACGACGUCGUCUUCCUCGACUGUCAAGCCAACUCCUUAUGAUUACAUUGUCGUCGGAGCUGGUGCAGCAGGCAUCGUAGUUGCGGACCGUCUUUCCGAGGCUGGCAAGAAGGUUCUGCUUCUCGAACGAGGUGGACCUUCUACCAAAGAGACUGGUGGGAAGCGUGAAGUUCCGCCAUGGGCUGCGUCCACUGGUUUGACGCGCUUUGAUAUUCCUGGUCUCUUCGAGAACAUGUUCGGCGCUGCUGAUCCUUGGUGGUGGUGUACAGAUAUGACCGUAUUCGGUGGUUGCCUCGUCGGUGGUGGAACAGUCAUUAACGGAAUGUUGUACUACCCUCCCCCCGACGGCGAGUUUGGCUCGGACCAAGGUUGGCCUGCCGAAUGGCGUUCCCCUGCCAUGGCGAGAAACAAGAUGCUCGCUCGGCUCCCAUCUUCAAACAACCCAUCUCCAGAUGGCGCUCGCUAUCUCGAUCAAAAGGGCUACAUGGAGACAGUCAUCAACGACAAUGUCAACCGCAAAGAUGCCAUUUUCGGCCACCCGCAGUACAAUUUCAAGAACGGUAUUCGCUCUGGCGUUACACAUACGUACCUCCAGACUGCAAAGACUCGUCCAAACUUUAAGCUUCUCACCUAUACCUAUGCACAAUCCGUCAAGCGAAACGGUGCUACCAUCACUGGCGUACAAACGAACAAUACCAUAGAUCUCCCGAAUGGUCUCGCUACGCUGACGCCACGAGGACGAGUAAUUCUCUCGAGCGGUGUUUACGGCUCCGCCCGCCUUUUGUUCCUCUCAGGUAUUGGUCCAAGCGACAUGCUUGGCCAGGCUGCUGCAUCGAACCUUGCAAGUUUGAUGCCACCAGCGUCGCAGUACAUCAAUCUCCCUGUUGGCUAUUACGUCUCGGACAAUCCAUCGAUCAACUUGGUAUUCACGCACCCUCUUGUCGACGAUUACGAUAACUGGCAACCAAUCUGGUCCAACCCUCGUGCUGCGGACGCCAACAAAUACGUCGCAAGCCGCUCAGGUGUCUUUGCUGGUUCCUCGCCACGCUUCAACUUCUGGAAGGCACUCAAAGGCUCUGAUGGAAAGACUCGCUACAUGCAAGGUACCGCCCGCCCGGGAGGAUGGCCGACAACUGAGCAGGCGUACAACGAGACUGCCGUCUUCACCAUUACAUUCUAUCUCUCACAAGGCAUCACAUCUCGUGGUCGUAUCGGAAUGAACAGCGACCUCAAGGGAUUGCCUCUCACCGCGCCUUGGUUCCAAGACCCAGUCGACAAAACGACACUCGUCAAGGGUAUCAGCGAUGCGAUAGCUGGUAUGAAGACAAACUUACCACCGGGUCUCGUCAUGAUCACACCUGACAACACGACGACAUUGCAAGCAUUUGUCGACAACUAUGACAAGUCUAGUAUGAACUCGAACCAUUGGGUGGGCUCGACUCGUAUCGGUACAAAUCCUAGUAAUGCUGUCGUUGACACCAAUUGCAAAGUAUUCAACACCAAGAACCUGUUCGUUCUCGAUGCCGGUAUCAUUCCAGCGCAACCCAUGUCCAACACCCAUGCUUCGAUCAUGACGGUGGCAGAGAUGGGUGUAGCUCGUAUUUUGGCACUCCCUGGUGGCCCUUGA